AUAGUCCACAAUGCCAUGAAUAUGCAAAAAGAGGACUUUGAGUCAACCAUUAGAGCCCUCAAAGUCCGCAAGAAGGAGCUCAGAGAGAAGGAGGACCAGAUGAAGGAAUACCUGCAGAAAUUUGACAACUUUCUAAAGGACAAUGAGGUAAAGCGCUGUCGAGCUGUGAAGAAGGCGGGACGGGAGAGAGAGCUGACCAAUCAGAAGCAGGCGGACCUGAGGGCCCUUCAGAUGGAUGUGAAAGCUCUUGUUGAAGUGAGAGAUAGUCUGGAGGAACGAGUCAAGAAAAAUGCCAUCUACCCCCAAUAUCUACAGAAGGUGGUACAAGCCAGUGAGCAGUUUCAGGAAGUUCGGCAGGUGAUGUCACGCUAUGACACUCUGAUGCUGACCCGAGAGGACCUGGUCCACACAACCCAGCAGAACCAGGACAGCACAGAGAACUCUAGGACGCAGCUAGCUCGCUACAUGGAGCAGAGCCACGACACCCUGCUGCACUACAACAACACUCUAGCCCAGCUUCAGAGCCAGCUGGACAAGGCUCGCGCUGAGGGCAUGAUCUGGGAAUCAAGAUGGGCCCACAUACAGAAUACAGCUGCCAAGAAGACGCUGCUGUUGGGUACAAUCAAGAUGGCUACCCUGAACCUUUACCAGAGUGUGUGCAAGAGGAGCAAAGACAGUGGUGAAACACCUGUAGCCCCAGACGACACACUCAAACAGCUGGAUAAGAUCCAGAGCUUCCUGGUUGAUCUGAUCUCCAUCUGGGAGGAAGUGAGCCGACUGGACCAGCCAGGCGCCGGGCACCGAUGAAGCCUCACACACCCCA